AUGCCGACCCCCGAAUCAGCUGCCUUCUUGGCCAAGAAGCCGACUGUCCCUCCCAGCUUCGAAGGCGUCGACUUCGAUGACAACAAGAGGCUCAAACAGGCGCAAGAUGCCGUUAUCCGCGAACAAUGGGUGCAGGUCAUGAUGGGACGUAUAGUCCGCGAGGAGCUCAGCAAAUGCUAUUACCGCGAGGGCGUCAACCACCUAGAGAAAUGCGGUCACUUACGAGAGAAAUACCUCCAGAUGCUCAAGGAUCACAAGAGCCGCAACCGCAAGCCCGUCGGCGAAUCCGCCCUCAAAGCUCCGACCACCCAUACAAAAUUUCUGGAGCUUCAACUAGCCCCGGACCAGAACCACUCCAAAGUGUCGAAGCGCCGGAUUGGAACCCUUCAAUUGCGCCAACAGCUCCGCGCAAGCAAUUUAAAUAAAUUCCUUGCACAAGGACGUUUACGCACAAUGAUCUGCCGGCGUUGUCUACAGCGCGCCUCAGCGCUAAGCGCCCGCACGGCUCGAGCCCCAAGCUCAACCCCCAUCAGCUGGAAUCUCCCGAUACGCACGAGACCGAUCUCAAGCACACCGACAAGGCGAGAUGCAGCAGCCGCGGCGCCGACGACGACGACAGACACACCACCUCUAAGCACACCUCUAGCCGACAGCGAAGGCGGCGCAGCAGCAGAAAGCCUGUCCUCAUGCCCCGAAGGCACAGUGCUAACAGGGCUCAACUACUUCAAGAACAAGACGGACCCCGUCGCGCUCGCAGACUCCGCGUAUCCAGAGUGGCUGUGGAAAUGUCUAGACGUGCAGAAGAAGGCCGAUGAAGGAGAAGCAGACGAUGCCGGAGACGAAUUCUCCAAAUCCAAGAAACAGCGCCGUAUAGCCGCGAAGCGUCAGCGCAUUCUAGAGAUGAAGCUCCUAGCAUCCGGCGACAUCGAGGCCCUGGCGCCCAAGAUCCCGCUGCAAGCCCAGAGCAUCAAUCUCCCCGCGAACGAGGCCGGGACGAUCUCGGGCGCCGUGUCGGCCGUCGACGCGCGCGAGGAGCUGCGCCGCGCCAUGCGUCGCGAGCGCAAGGCCAAGAUCAAGGAGAGCAAUUACCUCAAGUCUAUGUAAUGAGAUACGCAUUACAAUGUCUUCAGCGAUAUAUGGUGGGCUUUUUUUUAAUUCCUUCUCUUUGUCAAGGAUGAGGCUUGGUAGAUUGAGGGAGAAGAAGAAGUCCUAUCGAGGGAGAGAGUGGGUAGACAGGAACGGAUGAUCAAUCUAUCAGAGCCUUCUGCUUAGAAGCGGAAAUCAAGAAACGGCAUGAAACCAGCAUUGUCCAGCGAUAGACGAAGCAGCGAUUCUAUUUAUCCAGAAACUUGCUAAGCUAAGCUAACCCCAUGUAUAUAUCGCAUAUACGAGUCCUUGAAAGAAAGCCGAUUCAAGAGGGCAUGCAUAUGGCGUGAAUAAAUCAUACCACGCCGUCAACCUUCCCACCUUCAAGCAAGCUGUCAUAACAGAGCUGUACAAUAGAAAAAUGUAUACAUAUCAGCUUCGAUUCAUUC